CAUAGGGUUGUAACUAGCACACACCAGCAUCUGGCUAACAUCUCACCUCCCACUACAUACAGCAACUGUCACACUAUUAUAUCAGCAGUUACACAGGAACAGCAGCAGCAGUAACACAGGAACACUACUACAACAGCAGCAGUACCACUAUAAUACCACUACAGCAGCAGCAGCAGCAGUUAGAGUGGAACACUACAGCAGGAUACACAUCAUCCAUCACACACAACUACAGUGAAGGAUUAAACAAUGCAGCAGUUUCUCCUGCUGAAAUGUGAUGAAGAAUUCCAGACAUGACAGCAUAUAUUGGUCUACUGUGUCUUCUACAUUUACUGAUCACCCUUGUACUGUCCAUAGAUAUUACAUACCAUGUCAAGGAAGAAGACAGUCCUCACACCUAUAUAGGAGACAUUGCUGUUGACUCCAACUUAUCACACCCUCUCACACAUCAACAACACACUCUCAUUACAUUUACACAACUACAAAGGACAGUCGAGAGUGGUUCUCACUUAUUUAAUGUCACCAACUCAGGAAAACUAUACACUACUCAAACACUGGAUGCUGAGUCUCUGUGUACAUACAACAAGGAAUGUUCCAGAAUAGUUAAAGUAGCAGUGAGGAAAGGAAAGACAUUUUUAAAAAUUCUUAAAAUUAAAAUAUUAAUAGAAGACAUCAAUGAUCAUUCACCAGAAUUUCCAAAGAAUGAAAUCACAAUUCAAUUUUUGGAGAGAGACUUUGAAGGUUCUAAAAUACCCCUUCUAAAUGCCAUUGAUAAAGACAUUUCAAUAAAGAAUUCUCAAAUUACAUAUGUGAUUAAGAAAAGUAAGAGAGAAGUAUUUGCACUCUCAAUUGAAAAGCGGUAUGAUGGUGUUUUCAUACCUACUCUGACUUUGAAAAGCAAAUUAGACAGGGAAGUGAAAGACUCAUAUAUGUUGACCCUGGAGGCUAAAGAUGGAGGGUACCCUCCCAAAACAGCUACACUCAAAGUACACAUAUCUGUAACAGAUGUCAAUGAUAACAUACCUGUAUUUUCACAGAAAUUCUAUAACAUCUCUAUAAAUAAUUCACAUCAAAGACAUUUACCAAUUCUUACUUUAAAAGCCACAGAUCAAGAUUCUGGAGACAAUGGAAAGAUUUCUUAUCAUUUCAACCAUAAAACAUCCCAAAAUAUCCAGAAAUAUUUUGUAUUAGAUAAGAAAACUGGAGAUUUAUUUUUACACAAUAAUUUUCAUUUUAGUAAAAAGCAAUCUUAUAAAUUAUUUAUUGAAGCACAGGAUGAAGGAAAUCCACCCUUAAGUUCUGUAACCAAAGUCCAGAUUCACAUUAUUAAUAACCAAAAUACUGCUCCAUUGAUUAACAUAGAUUUUGUAUCUCCUUUAUCAGAGAGCUCAGCAGCAGUUUCAGAAGACAGUGAAGUAGAUAGUUUUAUAGCUUAUGUUAUGGUCACUGACAAUGAUAGUGGGCCUAAUGGUGAGGUUAUCUGUGAUUUAAAACAUGAUAAAUUUAAACUUGCCAAAAUGGAUUCUAAAGAAUAUAAAAUGAUUGUUAAAGGCCAUCUUGACAGAGAAAUAAGGGACCACUAUAAAGUAUCUAUUGUGUGUCAUGACAUGGGGUCACCUCAACUAGAAAGUAAAAAAUAUUUCUCUGUCAAAGUAACUGAUGUCAAUGAUGUAGAACCACAUUUUACCAAAGAGACUUUCCAAUUCCUCACAUAUGAAAACCAGAAAGUUGACUUCCCUAUUGGCUUCAUCAAUGCUACAGACCCUGAUCUUGGAGAUGGAGGCCAACUUACAUAUUCUAUCAUCAAUGAUAACAACAAUGAUAACAUUCCUUUCCAACUGACAAAAUAUGGAUUUAUUUCUACAUCACAACCAAUAGAUCGAGAAAUGAAAGACAUCUAUAAGUUCAAGGUUUUAGUGAAAGAUAAUGGAACACCUUCUCUCAAUGACACUGCCAAUAUUGUUAUUGAGAUUCUAGAUAAAAAUGAUAAUGCUCCGUAUUUUACGUUUCCUAAUAAUGACCCUUACAAUCUCGAUGUCCACUACCAUCCACACAGUAAGAAGGACAUCACAAUUCUGAGAGCAUCUGACAAAGACACUGGAAACAAUGCUUUCCUCACAUAUGGAAUACUGAGAUCCAAUGAUAAAAACCUGUUUACAGUGAACUCACACACUGGUGUGUUAUCUUUCUCUCGCACAGUUUACCAAAAUGAUGCAGGAACAUAUGAGCUGCAGUUUAUAGUGAAAGACGGUGGUACUCCAGUUCAAUCAGCAACAACUGCUAUCAUACUAACACUGUUUGUUAGUAAUGAUACAUCUCCAAUGUUGACUGCUGUGCCAUUCCAGUCUGGUCACGACCUGAAUAUGACUUGGGUAAUUAUCAUUGUAGCAGCAGCUGUAAUACUAUCUGUGGCUAUCGUAGUGUCCAUAACACUGUGUGUUUUCAGAUGUAUUAAUCACACAAAUAACUCACCCACAACAGCAGAGAAUCCCAACUUUCUCUCUCAGACUGAGAUGAGACAAUUACUGUAUCAGACUAACAAUCCUGUUGCAAUAACGAGAAAUGCAGAAGAGAUAUUUAACCGAAAUCUUCAGACAAUAAAAUCUAAAAGUCAGUUUUUUCUGGAGAUGGAACAGACACCAGAUGAGUGGAAAUUCUCAACAACACAAAGGAGACUUCCACCUGUGCCUCAGAGAUGUGAUUCAAUCCAUAGUCAAGGACGUCGCACCAGUUCCAUCAUGUCUUACAACAGUGACACCUUAGCAUCCCAAAAGGACAGAGAAGCUAGCAAGAGUAAUGGCAAGACUAAACCAUAUGAUGAGAUACCUGCAGAACCAGAAUAUACCAAUGACAAUCCAGUGGCAGCCACAAUACUAAAGGGACAACAAAUACAAGAUACCUAUCUACAGCCAACAUAUUACACAGGAACAGCAGCAGCAGCUGCAGUAACACAGGAACACUAUUACAACAGCAGCAGUACCACUAUAAUACCACUACAGCAGCAGCAGCAGCAGUUGGAGUGGAACACUACAGCAGGAUACACAUCAUCCAUCACACACAACUACAGUGAAGGAUUAAACAAUGCAGAAAUUUCUCCUGCUAAAGUGUGA